AUGACGAUGAUACGACAAUACCCCCCGCAACCCCAGGCCCCAGCCCACCUGUUCGGCCGCGAUACAUCGUACGCAAAUUACAACUCCCUUCCGACCACGCCUCGCAUGGGUCCCGUCCCAGACAAGGUUUCCCGUGACCACCAGCUCCAGCUGCCGCAACAGUACGCCCACCCGCUCCAAAGGACCAAUUCCUUCCCGCUGCGUGGCUCGACGAAGGCGGGACACACCGGUUCGGAACGAUCCGAGAACAUGCUACGCCGGAAGACGCCAAAUGGUAUCUUGCCCGAAGCAUACGACGGUAGCGCUUCAGAAAAACCACACGCCAUGAAGCACAUAUUGCUCCCGGUCACAACGGUCGACGGCGCUGUACAACAGCCCGCCAUUCCGUAUGGCCCUACCCAGGAGCUCCCUCUCCGCACGCCUGGCAUGAUACCGCAGGGGUCGCACAACCAGCCUCAGCAGCGAAUGCUGCCCGUAGAGGGCUGGAACUUCAGCCAAUUCAACUUUGACCCUCCAAACGUGAGUCGGAAGCGAGGCCAGCAACAGUUCUCUCAGAUUGAUUCAAUGCUGAACCAGGUGCCGACACCUCAACAGCAGCUCCAGUAUUUGCAGAUGGGUCAGCAUUUUGGCGGCGCAUUGCAGCCACCUCUGCAAGCUCCCCUGGGCCCCACCGUGUCAAAUGAAACGGGGCUUUACGGACCAUACUGGCCGGACGGCACGUAUGUUCCCUAUCGUCCUGCGGCUGUAAGAGAUCCUCGGUUUUAUGCAGGUUCCGUGUCCCCGUGGAAUCAUCAACAGUCAAGUUUCAGCAACCGAAUGCACGGCAACUGGCCUCCACUUGGCACCACCCCCAUAGACUCGUCCAACUGGAAACCCCAGCAACCCUCUCAACUUGCUCACUCAAUUACGCCUGGCCCUGUUGGAUACAACGCAAGUGGAACUCCACAUGGGCUAGCACAGAACCUCAAUAAUCCUAAUGAUCAAAACUGGCUUUCUGGGCAACAGCAGUCUCCACAGCAGUAUCUUGGAUCUAGUCAAAGUGCCCUUCAAACUGGCUAUCACAACAACAACAACAACAACAUCAAUCACAAUAAUUUCCAACGUCCUUCACUAUCACACCAAUCAGCUUCAUUUCACCCAGGAGAUGUUCUGGCUCGAGAUCUUACCCCUCUGGCAACAUCCCAUUCGGAAUUGGGACCCACGUCCAACAGUGCCCAGAACCGAGAGCGGGCGCUUGACUGGGCCCAUCAAAUCUACAUCGAGCUUCUGAGCUAUCUACACCAUUCCCGCCGAUCCGGUCACCAUGCGAGAAACAUCCACGGACAGCCACAACCAAGCAUAUUUCCAAAGCCUCCUCGGCAGCCUGGUGCAGACUUCUCGGCAUCAUCAAAGUACUCUGAUUACCGUCAGCAACAUGGUUCACACAACGGAGGGAUUGUCGACUCGAAUUCCGCACUCACCCAUGCUCGUUCGAAUUCCUUUUGGAAGGAUCACCAGCGAAGCUCAUCGUGGCAUCAGCCAGUGGUCAACAACAUGACAAUACAGCAGUCUGUACAACCUGCUGACACCUAUCGGAGUCUGCGAAGAAUGUCGGGUACCACAUUCCCGCCUAUGUAUCCAUCCGUCACCCGCGAUCUUCCUGGAAACGCAUUGGCUGCUAUUGAUCAAAUAACACAGUUUUGUCAAGAAAGCUCGUGGAAGUGGAUUGAUGGAAUUUUGGUUGGUGGUUGCCUCGCUUAUGCACUGGGUGACUAUCAAAAGGCCUUGGUUUGGUAUUCAAAAAUCCUGGACAUGGACCCAGACCACGUGGAGGCGUUGUCAAAUGUUGCCGCAACACUUCAUUCUUUGGGCAGGAAGCAGGAAGCCGAGCAGCAUUGGUGGAAGGCCAUUCAGUUGCGGCCAUCAUAUUUCGAAGCUGUCGAACACCUGGUCCAACUACUUUGCACAGAUCACCGUGGCAAGGAAGCUGUCAACAUCAUUAACCAUAUCGAGCGUUCUCUGAAGAUGCCAAACACCUGCUCCGAUCGACGAAGCGAAGUCUCAAGUGGAGGGAGAUCGCCCCAGUCCGAAGUUUCCGACAAGCCCGCCUUUGACUUCGAUGUAGAGCAAGACAAUCUGCCAAAGGAGCUCAACAGCAUGCCUGGUUCCGACUUGCCCGGAUUUGGAACGAGUGGUUUUGCCAUAUCAGGAUCCGAAAAUGGUCGUAUGCUCUCGCUCAUCCACGCAAAAGGCAACUUACUUUACAGCAUGGGUGACAACGCCGGAGCCGCCCGGGCUUUUGAGAACGCUGUGCUUAUCAGCGCCGGCAAGCGUGCGGGUGGCAUCAGUACUCUGAUCAGGCAUAUUCUCAAGGUUGUUGACGAGGACGAGUUUGGAACCGCUACCCCUGGCACCCAUGCGUCGAGCUCCGUCGAGCCCAUCCUCCUUCCACCCGUGGCAGCCCUACGGACUGCACAGCUUGCCUUCCCCAACAACGGCGAUCUCCCAGGCCUCCGCUACAUCUCGGGCAAGGGGAUGGCUAGGAGAGCUGCGAUCUCAACCACCAGCAAUUCUCUUCUGUCGCUCGCCAAGAUUUUCCAGGACGGAAUGGCUUCAGGCUUGCCGAAGGCGGCUUAUCAAGCCGCAUAUGGCGUUCGCGAAAUCCUUGCCCUUUACUAUCUUUCUCUCUCGCUUCAACCGAGCCCAUCAACUGCUAACAACGUCGGAAUCCUCCUUGCAAGUGUUCAACAGACAAUUCCUCCGAAGAAGAUAUACCAAGAUCCCCAGCAGGCAAGAAUACCGGGAGUUGUUCCAGGGAGUGGCAUUGCUUUAGCUUUGGCCUACUACAAUUAUGGACUCAACCUCGACGCUGGCCAUGCUCACUUGUACACGAACCUCGGCAGUCUCCUGAAAGACCUCGGCCAACUGAAGAUGGCCAUUGCAAUGUACGAGCAAGCGGUCCAUUGCGACGGCAAUUUCGACAUUGCGCUGGCGAAUCUGGCCAAUGCUGUGAAAGACGACGGAAGGAUAGCCGACGCUAUUGUGUACUACAAACGCGCCGUCAAAGUCAACCCGGACUUUGCUGAAGCGGUAUGUGGCUUGGCAAACGCCUUGAAUUCUGUCUGUGGAUGGGCAGGCCGAGGUGGCAUUGCGGCCGACGGCGGCAAACGCGAUCGUUGGCAUGUGGAUGAGCACGGCAUGCUGCUCGAUGCUACAAAGCCUGGCGCUGUCAGCACCGGGUGGCUCAAGCGUGUUGUGGAUCUGGUCGAAAAGCAGUUGGGCGAAGGCGAGGAUUGGGGACGUGGAUCGCUCAAUGUCAACUUCAUGCAGGCCAUGAUCCAAGUGCUUGCCUUCACGAGCAACAACAAACGGGACACGCAGGAGCGAGUCGACGAGAUGAAGAGGACGCUGAAGAGUUGGUUUGGCCACAAAUGGGAGGGACACCGCCUAGUCCGCAUGGCUGAACGCGCCAUUCGUCGCCUUGGCUGGCAGUGGUAUCAGGACAGAUGGAUCAGAGGCAAGGAACGUUCGCGGUCUCACUACCGCAGGCCCUUGCUGCCAUCUGGUCUCACCGUUCCGACAGCCCCCACGGUGUUGCCUUUCCAUACCUUCACUUGUCCCAUGUCCGCCAAACAGAUUCGAUUGAUUUCUCAAAGGAACGGGCUUCGGAUAUCAGUCUCAACCCUCAAGGCUCCAUGGCUGCCUCAGACCGUCUUUGAGCCGCCUGCCCCACCAAACCCUUAUCUCAAGGUCGGAUAUGUGUCCUCUGACUUCAACAACCAUCCGCUGGCCCAUCUCAUGCAGUCGGUAUUUGGCAUGCAUGACCGUACACGAGUCAAGGCCUAUUGUUAUGCGACGACGCUGAGCGACAAUUCUCCGCACCGGCAGCAGAUCGAAAGAGAAGCCCCUGUCUUCUACGAUGCUCACUCAUGGUCAGCAGAAAGGCUCGUCCAACAGAUCAUCAAGGACGGCAUCCACAUCCUGAUUAACCUGAACGGGUACACGCGUGGUGCACGCAACGAGGUCUUCGCUGCUCGGCCUGCACCAGUCCAGAUGUCAUUCAUGGGGUUUGCGGGCACUCUCGGGGCUGAAUGGUGCGAUUACCUCCUCGCAGAUGACACUGCAGUCCCUCCGAGCACGCUGCGGCCAUGGCGGAGAAAUGUGGAUCUCGAGGAUCAGCUGGUGGACGAGAACAGUGGAGGCGACCAGGACGAUUGGGUCUACGGUGAGAACAUCAUCUACUGCAAGAAUACGUUCUUCUGUUGCGAUCACCGCCAGAGCGCCCCGGAUGUGCAAGGAGAACAUCUCGAUUGGGAACAGGAACAAGCCAGGAGAUGGCAGAUGCGCAAAGAGAUCUUCCCAGAUUUGCCCAACGACGUCAUCAUCCUUGGAAACUUCAACCAGUUAUACAAGAUCGAGCCCACGACGUUCCGUACAUGGCUUCGAAUUCUGGCCAACUUACCUACUGCCAUCCUUUGGCUACUUCGCUUCCCAGACGUUGGCGAGACUCAUCUCAAACAGACGGCUCUCGCCUGGGCAGGGCCGGAGGUUGCUUCCCGCGUCAUCUUCACUGAUGUCGCUCCCAAACACCAGCAUAUAUCCCGUGCUCGUGUGUGCGAUCUCUUCCUCGACACGCCCGAGUGCAAUGCGCAUACUACGGCCGCAGAUGUGCUCUGGAGCGGCACACCCUUGCUCACCCUACCGCGCUAUCCGUAUAAGAUGUGCUCUCGCAUGGCAGCAUCGAUUCUCAAGGGCGCCCUCCCGGACAAUCACGCCGGACACCAGGCGGCAAAGGAGCUCAUUGCCACAGAUGAAGCCGACUAUGAGCGUCUCGCCAUAGCAUUGGGAAGCAGCAUAAGAUACCAUGGCCAUCGGAUCAGCGGUCGGCUUGCGGAUUUGCGGAGGUUGUUGUACGAGAGCAGGUUGAGUUCUGCUCUUUUCGACACGAAGAGGUGGGUUAUGGACUUGGAGGAAGCGUACGAGUCUGCCUGGGAUCGUUGGGUACAUGGUCAAGGCGGGGACAUUUGGCUCAAGGGGAGUCGACCAGAAGGCUUGCAGCCUGUUCCGACGUGGUGGAACUACAGUCGACCGACGAGAUGGAGCAAGGCGUCGGAGGAGGGUGACUGA